AUGACGACUUCCCUGAUCCUGCAUCCACACUGGGCGGAUACCUUGAUGUACGUGUAUGAAACAAGCCCGAAUGAAAAGAAUCACAAGAAAAGCCCAGACAUGGAGGGACUGAGUGGGAACUGUGCAAGCACUCACUGCAGGGAUUUUAUUUCUCACCCAGCACUGGGACGCCAUUCCAGUACCAUCGGGAGUCACCAAGGACCUGUAUAUACGGAUAUUACCUCUCCAGAAAGCAGCCGGCAAUGCCCGGGACCCACGUCUUCCUCCAACGCCUCCCUGGGCUAUGCAUACCCGUUUGGGAGCAGUUACUACGGCUGCAGGUUGUCUCAGUCCCACAACGUCAAUUUGCACCAGAAGCCCUGCUCCUACCACCCAGCUGACAAAUACCCAGAACACAGCAACUCGUUACCCAGCGAGGAUUUCUCUUCCAGGGCGAAAGAAUUUGCAUUUUAUCCCAGCUUUGCCAGCUCUUACCAGGCAGUCCCUGGCUACUUGGACAUGUCAGUGGUCCCUGGAAUCAGCAGUCACCCGGAGCCCAGGCAUGACACCCUUAUCUCUAUGGAGGGCUACCAGCACUGGGCUCUCCCUAACGGCUGGGACGGGCAGGUCUACUGCUCUAAAGAGCAAUCCCAGUCCAGUCACCUAUGGAAGGCACCUUUCCCAGAUGUGGUGCCCCUCCAGCCAGAGGUUAGCAGCUACCGCAGGGGGAGGAAAAAGAGGGUCCCCUACACCAAAAUCCAGCUGAAGGAACUAGAAAAGGAAUACGCAGCCAGCAAAUUCAUUACCAAAGAGAAGAGACGGAGAAUAUCCACUACCACCAGCCUGUCUGAGCGCCAGGUUACUAUAUGGUUCCAAAACCGAAGAGUCAAAGAAAAAAAAGUGAUCACGAAAUGUAAAACCUCUCACCUCCAUAAUACCUGA